AUGACGAGCGGUACCGUGAGCGACGGAGCUGCAGUGUUGCUCGAUGAGGAGCGCCUCCGGACACUGUCGAGGUCUACACGUUCACUCAUCCCUUCAAGUACAUCCACAGGGCAAAGCACCAUCGAUGAGCUAGAGUAAGGCGCAGUACAUCACGGUGUAUACAGCUCUACGUAAUUUAGGAAUCACACUGAUUGGUAAGUAGAGUCCUUGAACGUCUUUUCGAUAACGUAUUCUUCACAUGUAACAGCUCUGGGCUUACGGCGGGUCAUCGAGUGGCCGCUUGGAAUACCCUUUGCUCUUUGAUCGACCAGACCGUGGACUGCCCUAGCGAGAAUGUGAAAAAGACUAUCUGGACCAACGGCGUAUGGGCUCGUGCCUUCGCGCUAUACCUCAGCCAUGCCCAGACUGCGAGGCCCAAGUCAUCGAGACAGCUAUUGGUUACCUUAACCAACGGCCUACGAAAGGCCGACGAGUCUGACAUCGCUCAGUACAAGCAGUCCGCUCUAGAGCAGCUGCUUUCGGGUCUGAAAGAUUUUCAGGACCCCUACAGGGCAAAAGCAAGUGCUCAGCUCCUGAGUCACUUACUGAACAAGCAUGUGAUAUCUCUGAAAGAUAUUCUCGGCUCGCAAACAGGAGGCUCAAUUGAUCUUCCGGUAGAAGACUCAAAGCUACUCGAGAGUCAAGUUCAAGAGAUUCUCGAGGUGUCGUUCCGAUGGCUGGGUAAAGCGGACUUCGGCUCAAGCGUCGCUCAGCUUGUAUCGACAUUACUCGACAAACAUGACGAGAUGCGCCUGACCAUGCAUAGCCUGGAAAAUCAGGUCGCAUCUCGACCUGUCUGGGUGGGGCCACUUGAGGCAACCUCAAAGUCCGAUGAGGUGAAUUCAGAUGACCUCAGAGUUCAUGUCCUGCCAGUACUGUUCAAGAGAAGCUUCGACAACUUUGUUGCAUUCUUGUACACCCAGAAUGUCUCAAGCCUGAAUCUCAGUCAAAGUAGCAAUGAGCAAGUAGACUCAUAUCGGGACACCCUGCUUUUCGCGGCGUUGCAAACCGGCAAAGAUCUUGGCAUGGUCGUCGAAACAGAUGAGCAGGGGAUUCAUAGCGAUGGAAAGUGCUUCUUCAUACCAGUCUCGAGCAUUGGUCGCUUGCUUCUACGACGCUCCCGUUCUGCUCGACUUACUGGUCUCAACAUGCUGGUGACAUCCCAUGCAGCGACGAGACCUUUCUCGCCCGUAGGUCUCAAAUGGAUACGCCGUGGACUGGAACUGUGCUCUGCCGACGUUGAUGCGGACUUCCGUAGUGAGCUCUUCAGUGUGUUUCAAAGGAUGUUGGAUCGUAUGCGAGCAAUAACAUCAGUACUUGCUCGAAACACUGCUUUGCCCCACAAGAUCGCUAGCCGGCAACAACAGGCGCUUCCUGACCAAGCCUCGAAAGUCCUUCUAUACCACCAAAAUUUCCUGAAGUGGCUGCCUCGAUUCUUGGCACAGCAACUCCAACCAACUGCAAACUACCAGCGGCAUAUCUCGGGUCUGAAGUGUCUAUCAAUCUUGGCCAGGUCUGGACUCGACGUAUCCGUUCCCGCAGAGAACUGGUCGCGAACCGCUUUGCAAGAAGUCAAGUGGCCUUUUAAUCUGGGGGUGCUGAGUCAGGACAUUCAUCAGCUCUUGCUUGAUCUUGUCCUCGAUCCGUUCGACGAUGUUCGGCAGACUGCAGCCUCGAUCCUCAGCCUUUGCUGUUCUGCCUUGCACGAAAGAUCUAGUUUCUCGCCGAAAUUCUUCACACAUGCUCUUGAACGAGCAGAAACCGCUAUGCUCAACACCGGUCGUGCCGACCAAGCGGAUGGUGUAGCGCAUAUCUACGCGCUAAUACACGGUAGUUGCAGUGCAGCUGAGUCUGACCCGGAGGACUUCUGGUCUUCCAAACAGGCUAUUGUACGCCACUUGACGAAGAAAGUGCAAUUGAUGCUCGAGUCAGCACGAGAGAGUCUCGCAAAAGCUGUUGGACAUUACCCAAUACAUGGCCUAUUGACAAGCCUGCGAUACGUCUUGGGACAGAAUCCGGAGAUCGAUGUAAUUCUGCGAGCUCGGCUGAUUGAACAGGUGAACGAAGUCUGGCUUGUUGUGAAGCCUGUACUUUGCAAUGACGCUCCCGAGGGCUACACCCCUGAUGAACUGGAAGAAUCCCCGGACUCCACGAAAGAGACAUUGAGCUAUUGCUGGAGGGCUCUAAAGGAAGCGAGUCUACUUCUGAGCACUCUUCUGGCGGGAUACCGGAUGUCGAACGCACUUGAGAGGAACGAUGCAACGCUCGAGAAGAUGGGUGACCAAUGCUUCACUCAACUUGCCGAGCUUCGUCAUCGUGGUGCCUUUUCCACUGUCGCGCAGACUUGGACUGCCUGCUGCCUUCGCUGUCAAAGCUUACGCACAAUAGAUGGCACUCUGCUCUUAGAGUCGUGGUAUCUCAGGGUGCUAGUCAUGCUACGCAAAAAUGUCACGAUCAACACAAGACGCUCAGCAGGCUUACCCGCCUUGCUAUGUGGCAUUCUGAUCGCUGAUAAGUCUGCAAAGCUACUGGCUCAGGCCUUUCAAGAUCUCGAAGCUAUAGCUCGUCAGGAAGUUGAUGCGACUGAUGCUGAGGAAGGUAACCUUGCGCAAGUUCAUGCGAUGAAUUGCUUGAAGGACGUCUUCAAAAAUACCAGGCUAGGCCAACAAUCGGAACGCUACAUUCCUGUCGGACUUCAGCUGGCUGCAGAUGCGUUGCGCUCUGAGGUUUGGGCAAUUCGAAAUUGCGGCUUGAUGCUCUUCCGAGCCCUGAUCGACCGACUCCUUGGGACGGAUUCAUCUCAUUUCGAAGACGGCGCUGCUGGCCAGAAAUACAUCUCCGCUGAGCAACACCCUGAACUCCUCAACGUGAUCCUGAGUCUCCUUUCUCAGCCUAACUCAUCGCCAGGAGCGGCUUCGGCUCGCUAUGAGGGCGUCUUUCCAGCGCUACAACUGAUCCAGCAUACAAAAAUCCCUGGCUCACGACUAGAGGAGGCUAGACUUGCCGUGCGAAGUCUCACUGCUUGUCCUUCCUGGCACGUGAGAGACAAGGCUGCUCGUGCUUUGGCAUCUAUGAUGACUGAAGACGAUGUGGAAGUGACAUUCCAGCACGUCAAGCUUCUUGUUGAUCACGCGGGCUCACAGAACGCGCUACAUGGCGCUCUGCUUACCACUUGCUACAUUUUGCAUAAGCUGAAGCGCGGAAGCAAACAUGAUGUAGCGGCCAUGAUCGGUCACGAUACUGAAAUUCCCGUCCAAACGAGGCUUGAGCUCAUGAGAUGGUCAUGGAGAGUUCUUCCUCUGUGCGGCAAUUGCACUGUUACGAAAGCCGCGUGUGUCGAUCUAGCAACAGAGUGUUUCGGUUUCCUGACCGACUUGGGCUCGCCAGAAACCUACUUGGCCGAGGUCGAAGCGGAAGUACUGUCUCAGAGUUCCAAUGUUACCAACCUUUACUCGAGACCAUCUACAAGAUAUCGGGACUUACUUGCAUCUUGUUUGCAUGACCCCAAAGCUGCUGUUCUACGGCAGGCAUGCGCACGAUCGAUGGCCAAGAUGCUUCCGUUUGACCGACUCGAGGACGAAGAAGACGUCGCGGCUUUCUCAAAGUCCAUAUACGAGCUUGGGCAGAUUGAUCAGAAUGCGGUGGUCUAUUUCUUCCAAGCGCUAAAUCUAGCAGGUCUGAGCACGUCAACCAGGCUUCUGGUUCAACAGCUCGCGACAAACAUCUUGGACGCCAAGCUUGGAUUCGAGCUCAUGUGCGAAGCACAGAGUGUCUUGAUCAAGCUUUCUGAAGCAGAGUCAGACCAGAGUAUAUCGAGGAAACCGCAGCGGACCCAGGAUCACCUAGCCUGGGCAAACUGCAAUCAGCGCUUCGCCGAUGGGGUACUGAAGCUGCAAGCGGUUCAACUUGACAGGAUUGCUAGCAAGACCAGGGACCUCAGCGAAGAGCACCUUGAAGAGAUCACUUCCUGGGCAAAUGCAUGUGUCUUAGCAAUCAACGACACAGGCAUACACACGCGUGAAGCAGCAGCCGAAGCUCUUGACCGGACGCGGUAUCUAUGGAGCGUUGUCACGACCCACCGGAGGCUGGACGCAACCUUUCACCGCCUCUGUGUGUCAAUCUACGAUCUCCUCAACGACGACGAUGAAGACAUUCGCCUCCUGGCUGCGCGCAUCACAUGCCGCAUCUUGACCGCGGCGACUCAGGAACAGCAGGUCGAAUACGAACCGAUUGUCUCCAGCCAGAAGCUCCUCAGCUUCUGCAUAUCCAGGUGGACCGAUAAGGAUUUUCUCGCUGCAACUGCUUUUCAACGUGCAUUUGACUGUUCCGGAGGCGUAGCUCCUCGUGCCGUCGGCGAAGCAAUUGCAGCCCUUGCACGAAGUGACACGGCCCUCUUUGCCACGGAAAAGCAGAAUCUGUACAUUGAUGAUGCUCGAGAAGUGCGCAUCUGGUCACAGGUGAUUCAGAAAAUGAGGCUAACAUCACCACACUUCACGAAAGUGGUAUAUGCCUUGGCGUCGUGGUUUGAUGAAGGAUUGGGUGCGCUAAAGAAGCAAGCAGAGGAUGUUCUGGAUGGAGCGCUCGGUUGGAGCUCGAAGGCAGAAAUUUUCACCCUUGGGCUGCAGGUGAUAUACGGAGCAGAGGUCCUGCUUUCACUCGUGAAGCAAGGUGCGAGGAUUCCGAUACAGCCUACGGAUUUGCGUCGGAAGAUGUUUGAAUGUUUGCUCGCGUUUGAGGCUGCGGGUGUGAAUCCGCUGUGGCGAUGGGAAAUGGAGAGAAUUCUGACCGAUUCUGUCACUCAUAAGGUCAAGACGUUGUCAGAGCUUGCGGAAGCAUUGUCCGUCCAAACUUCUGUGUGA